CUGCUUUAAAGAGUAGCCGUUGGUGAUGAUUGAGGAACCGCAUCAUAACGUUUUGUCGACAGAGGCGCUGCACGUCGCACAGUUUCCCGCUGAUUGGUGAGGGCAGUAAAUACCAUGUGGAAGUCACAUGAACGACAAGGAUGAGGCACAAACAACAAGGAGGCAGUUUGAGGAGAGAGACGCAGCACACUGUUUGUCGUAGGGAGGGGGUCUGCUGCUGCUGCUGGUAGAGAACCUCCUACCAGGCUGUGGCCCAGUGUCACACGUUUAUGCAAUGAACAGCACCACUCCUCCUCCUCCUGCCAUCAUCGAUGGAGAUGUGGCAGUCAGCUAUGUUUUGGUGCCAUUUUUCCUCAUCACAAUCAUUGGUAUAGUUGCGGCUGUGGUCAUGUAUAUUCGAAGGAAAAGAAGAAUUGACAGACUUCGUCAUCAGCUGUUACCAGUUUACACCUACGAUCCCUCAGAGGAGCUACACGAAGCUGAGCAGGAAAUGUUGUGGAGAGAAGAGGACACUCAGAUUGUACAAGGUUGGGCAAGAAGUUAUCAACAGCGAUACCCUCUUCUGGCCAAAGACGUCAGUGCAUGACAGUGAACCAUGGAGCUGAUCAUUGUCAGCAGAUUGCCUUUCAGCCACAGAGAUCUGACAUAUUCUCUUUUUUUGCUUUUCUUUUCCACUGUCCAUCAUGUCAUCUUUGAGCACAUCAGCAAGAGACAUCUUUUUUCUUUUUAGGUUCUGCUGCCAAUUCCAUGUGCCUAACAGACACUUAUUUAUUUGAAAUUAUUUAUUCAAACUUUGAGUCACGUCACUGAAUACCGCAGUAAGACAAAGCCGAGAAAGGUGGUAUGUGUGGAAGGAUACAGUUUCCUACAUGUGGACUGAACUGUUUACAUUUAACUGGUGACACUGUGGCAGGCGGUCAUGUUCCUGUAUGUACUGAUGAUAUUUUAUAGACAAAGGAAAAAAACCAAAACUCAUGCUAUGAGAGGGUUUGUGAUCAUUACCUGGACUGCAGAGGUCGAUUGUAUCAUGUACAUCAAAAACAAAUUAUGUUUUUGAUGUAAUACUGUUAAAUGACAUUUGUUGACAUGAAACUCUAGAAGAUAAUUUCCAAAAACAGCUUAACUUCAGUUUUAUGUUGAUUAAGUUAGAAUUAGUUGUCAAAAUUAGGUUAGCGUAUAUUUUCAGUUUCAUUCUGAGUUUAAAGGUUGAACACAGCCCUUUUGUUUUUGAUUUACCCCCUGACGAUAUUCCUCUUUUUUGCAUUUUGGCCAAAUCCUAUGACUCUCAUCAAAGGAAUGACAAGCCAGUUACAAACGUAAAUAGCACCAUCCUCCUCCAAUCCGCCAAAAAUGAGCGGUGACUAGUGCCCCAAAUAUGUCCUGUCUGAAAGGCAUGGCACCAGGAUAAAUGAAUCCCUAACAGGAAUCUGUUCAGAUGAAUUCCAUAGGUCUGACUUUAACAAGCACUUUGGAAAGCCUUGCUGUUUUUCCCCUCCUUUGUUAAACUGUAACCUCUCCUUACCUUAAUUCUUGGUCAUGAAUGUAAACCGAACAAAUCACAAAUUGUAAUGGACAGUCAACACGCACGCAGUUCAGGGACACGAGAACACGAGAACACGCUCUGUGGUGCUUCCAGGUCAUUUUAUACUUUGUUCAUUUUCUCUACAUCUUUUUAAAUUAUUGGUAUGAAAUGUACCAUUCUGUUUAAUGGUACAAACAUUUAAUCAUAGGACUGGUGAACUUUACACAGAAUGCUGAUUUCAUGUUGCACAUGUUGAGUGAUGUAAAUGUUAAAAUAGCAACACAUUUAAGGCGUUCUACUUUGAGUGUUUUGAGAAGACAAAUAGAAGGGGUGAUGUGAAAGAUGUAAAUAAAAAGUUCCUUCUUGAAAUGCAA